GCCCGCACGCCUGGGUCCCCCGGCGCCGCGCCGCCCGGGGGCUGCGACCCGGACCCUCGGCGUCCGACCAACAAUAAGCGCCUAGACAGCCCCCUCCCCGCCCCGCGCCCGCCGUCCCCGCGGGCCUCGGGGAAAGUGAAAGGAGGAGGAGAAGGAAGGAAGGAAGGACGGAAGGAAGGAAGGAAGGGAGGAGGAGCUGGAGCAGGACUCCGAGCCGUGAGGUUCGGGGCCGAGACCCCAGCCCCGAGCCCCGGCCGGAGCGGGUGUGCACCCUCUCCCGCCGCUGCCCGGCGCCCACGACCAUGCUCCGCCGUCGGGAGGCAGGAACCCAGGCUCCCAGCGAUCCCCGGAUACCCUCUCCCGGGCCGGGCUGGUACUGAGAUCAAGGCAUCCAGGAUCAAAAGAUUACCGCCUGCCCGCCCUCUCCGCACGUCCAAGUGGCAAGCAGGAGGACCCCAAUCCACCCUCCGACCCUCACCUGGUCAUGGCUUCCAGCUCCGGCCUGGCGUGAGGACCCCCGACCCGCGCGAGGGAGCCCCCUUCCCAGAUCACACCCUUGAGCCUGAGCCCGACACAUACUUUUCCAGAGUCCGUGCUCCAGUACCGAGUACCUGGCUGGGCCCUGGGCACGCACAGGGGCCGUAGCCCCACUGUGUGUGGGAGCCAUGAGGAUCCUGGCUAACAAGACAAGGUUACCCCACCCCAGGAGGAGAGAAGCUCCAGGGAGCCCGCCGCUGUCUCCCCGCGGCCACUGCCCCCCUGCCCCAGCCAAGCCAAUGCACCCAGAAAAUAAAUUGACCAAUCAUGGCAAGACAGGGAAUGGCGGGGCCCAAUCCCAGCACCAGAAUGUGAACCAAGGACCCACCUGCAACCUGGGCUCGAAGGGCGUGGGGGCGGGGAGCCAUGGGGCCAAAGCCAACCAGAUCUCACCUAGCAACUCAAGUCUGAAGAACCCCCAAGCAGGGGUGCCCUCUUUCAGCUCGCACAAGGGCAAGGUGAAGCGGGAGCGGAGCGUGUCUGUGGACUCUGGAGAGCAGCGGGAGGCUGGGACCCCAUCCCUGGAUUCAGAGGCCAAAGAAGUGGCACCCCGGAGUAAGCGGCGCUGUGUCCUGGAGCGGAAGCAGCCAUACAGUGGGGACGAAUGGUGCUCUGGACCUGACAGUGAAGAGGAUGACAAGCCCAUUGGGGCCACCCACAAUUGUAAUGUAGCAGACCCAGCCAUGGCGGCCCCACAGCUGGGUCCCGGCCAAACUGCCCAACUGCCCCUCAACGAGAGCAGCGCGCCAGGCCCUCCACAUGGCCCCCCACCAGGCCUUCGUCCUGAUGCCCCCGGGGGUGGGGGCGGGGGUGUCCCUGGAAAGCCUCCCUCGCAGUUCGUGUAUGUCUUCACCACACAUCUGGCCAACACGGCUGCAGAGGCGGUGUUGCAGGGCCGGGCAGACUCCAUCCUUGCCUACCACCAGCAGAAUGUGCCCCGGGCCAAGCUUGACCAGGCCCCCAAAGUGCCACCCACCCCAGAACCGCUGCCCUUGAGCACACCGUCAGCAGGUACCCCACAGUCCCAGCCACCUCCACUGCCGCCGCCACCACCCCCAGCCCCUGGCAGUGCCCCACCUGCUCUGCCCCCGGAGGGACCUCCUGAGGACACCAGUCAGGACUUGGCCCCCAACUCGGUGGGAGCUGCCAGCACAGGUGGUGGGACUGGGGGCACCCACCCUAACACCCCGACUGCUGCCACCACAAACAACCCUCUGCCUCCCGGAGGAGACCCCAGCAGUGCCCCUGGCCCCACCCUGCUGGGGGAGGCUGCACCCACCGGCAAUGGGCAGCGCAGCCUGGUGGGCUCCGAGGGCCUGUCCAAAGAGCAGCUAGAGCAUCGGGAGCGUUCCCUGCAGACGCUGAGAGACAUUGAGCGGCUGCUGCUCCGCAGUGGAGAGACUGAGCCCUUCCUCAAGGGGCCCCCAGGAGCAGCCAGUGAGGGGGGCCCACCAGCACAAGCCCCGCCUGCCCCCCAGCAGCCACCCACAGCCCCUCCUAGUGGGCUAAAGAAGUAUGAGGAACCCUUGCAGUCCAUGAUUUCACAGACACAGAGCCUCGGGGGUCCACCACUGGAGCAUGAAGUGCCUGGGCACCCCCCAGGAGGGGACAUGGGCCAGCAGAUGAACAUGAUGAUGCAGAGGCUAGGCCAGGAUAGCCUGACGCCUGAGCAAGUGGCAUGGCGCAAGCUGCAGGAAGAGUACUAUGAGGAGAAGCGGCGGAAAGAGGAGCAGAUUGGACUGCAUGGGGGUCGCCCUCUGCAGGACAUGAUGGGCAUGGGAGGCAUGAUGGUGAGGGGGCCCCCGCCUCCCUACCACAGCAAGCCUGGGGACCAGUGGCCACCUGGAAUGGGCGCACAGCUGCGGGGGCCCAUGGACGUCCAAGAUCCCAUGCAGCUCCGGGGAGGACCUCCCUUCCCUGGUCCCCGUUUCCCAGGCAACCAGAUGCAACGGGUGCCUGGGUUUGGGGGCAUGCAGAGUAUGCCCAUGGAGGUACCCAUGAAUGCCAUGCAGAGGCCUGUGAGGCCAGGCAUGGGCUGGACUGAAGACUUGCCCCCUAUGGGGGGACCCAGCAAUUUUGCCCAGAAUGCUGUGCCCUACCCAGGUGGGCAGGGUGAGGCGGAGCGAUUCAUGACCCCUCGGGUUAGGGAGGAGCUGCUACGGCACCAGUUGCUGGAAAAGCGGUCAAUGGGCAUGCARCGGCCCCUGGGUAUGGCCAGCAGCGGCAUGGGGCAGAGCAUGGAGAUGGAGCGGAUGAUGCAAGCACACCGACAGAUGGAUCCUUCCAUGUUUCCUGGGCAGAUGUCUGGUGGUGAAGGCCUGGCAGGAACACCUAUGGGCAUGGAGUUUGGUGGAGGUCGUGGCCUCCUGAGCCCACCCAUGGGGCAGACUGGGCUGAGGGAGGUGGACCCACCCAUGGGGCCAGGCAACCUCAACAUGAACAUGAACGUGAACAUGAACAUGAAYAUGAACCUGAACGUGCAGAUGACCCCGCAGCAACAAAUGCUGAUGUCGCAGAAGAUGCGGGGUCCUGGGGACAUGAUGGGGCCUCAGGGCCUCAGUCCUGAGGAGAUGGCCCGGGUUCGGGCUCAGAAUAGCAGUGGCAUGAUGGGCGGUCCACAGAAGAUGCUAAUGCCUUCACAGUUUCCCAACCAGGGCCAGCAGGGAUUCUCUGGGGGCCAGGCACCUUACCAAGCCAUGCCCCAGGACUUGGGCAACACCCAAGACAUGUUUAGCCCUGACCAGAGCUCAAUGCCCAUGGGCACUGUGGGUACCACUCGGCUCAGCCACAUGCCUCUGCCCCCUGCAUCCAAUCCUCCUCCUGGGUCUGUGCAUUCAGCCCCCAGUCGGGGACUGGGCAGACGGCCCUCAGACCUCACCAUCAGUAUUAAUCAGAUGGGCUCGCCGGGCAUGGGGCACCUAAAGUCACCCACCCUUAGCCAGGUGCACUCACCCCUGGUCACUUCACCCUCCGCCAACCUCAAGUCACCCCAGACUCCCUCGCAGAUGGUGCCCUUGCCUUCCGCCAACCCUCCAGGACCUCUCAAAUCGCCCCAGGUCCUCAGCUCCUCCCUCAAUGUCCGUUCACCCACCGGCUCACCAAGCAGGCUCAAGUCUCCCUCCAUGGCGGUGCCUUCUCCAGGCUGGGUGGCUUCGCCCAAGACRGCCAUGCCCAGCCCCGGGGUCUCCCAGAAUAAGCAGCCGCCUCUCAACAUGAACUCUUCUUCCACCCUGGGCAACAUGGAACAGGGUGCCCUCCCGCCUAGCGGCCCUCGGAGCAGCUCCUCAGCGCCUCCUGCCAAUCCUCCCAGCGGCCUCAUGAACCCCAGCCUACCAUUCACUUCCUCCCCAGAUCCCACACCUUCCCAGAACCCCCUGUCACUGAUGAUGUCCCAGAUGUCCAAGUACGCCAUGCCCAGCUCCACCCCGCUCUACCACAAUGCUAUCAAGACCAUCGCCACCUCAGACGACGAGCUGCUGCCUGACCGGCCCCUGCUACCCCCUCCUCCACCAUCCCAGGGCUCCGGGCCAGGUAUCAGCAACAACCAGCCCAACCAGAUGCACCUGAACUCCGCUGCUGCCCAGAGCCCCAUGGGCAUGAACCUGGCAGGCCAGCAGCCCCUGUCCCAUGAGCCCCCACCUACCAUGUUGCCCUCUCCCACCCCUCUGGGCUCCAACAUUCCACUGCACCCCAAUGCACAGGGGACAGGAGGGCCUCCCCAAAACUCAAUGAUGAUGGCUCCAGGGGGCCCAGACUCCCUGAGUGCCCCCUGUGGCCCUGUGCCCAGCUCCUCCCAAAUGAUGCCCUUCCCCCCUCGGCUGCAGCAGCCCCAUGGUGCCAUGGCCCCUGCUGGGGGUGGGGGCGGGGGACCUGGCCUGCAGCAGCACUACCCUUCAGGCAUGCCCCUGCCUCCGGAGGACCUGCCCACCCAGCCGCCGGGCCCCAUGCCCCCCCAACAGCAUCUAAUGGGCAAAGGCAUGGCUGGGCGCAUGGGAGACGCAUACCCACCAGGGGUGCUCCCUGGGGUGGCAUCAGUGCUGAACGACCCUGAGCUGAGCGAGGUGAUCCGGCCCACCCCGACGGGGAUCCCUGAGUUCGACUUGUCAAGGAUCAUCCCCUCUGAGAAGCCAAGCAGCACCCUCCAGUACUUCCCCAAGAGUGAGAACCAGCCCCCCAAGGCCCAGCCCCCCAAUCUGCAUCUCAUGAACCUGCAGAACAUGAUGGCGGAACAGACCCCGUCUCGGCCCCCCAACCUCCCGGGCCAGCAGGGCGUCCAACGGGGGCUCAACAUGUCCAUGUGCCACCCUGGACAGAUGUCCUUGCUGGGAAGGACAGGUGUGCCCCCACAGCAGGGCAUGGUGCCCCACGGCCUGCACCAGGGGGUCAUGUCCCCACCACAAGGCCUCAUGACCCAGCAGAAUUUCAUGCUGAUGAAGCAACGGGGUGUGGGRGGCGAGGUCUACAGCCAGCCCCCCCAUAUGCUCUCCCCACAGGGCUCCCUCAUGGGCCCCCCUCCCCAGCAGAACCUCAUGGUGUCCCACCCCCUGCGGCAGCGCAGUGUGUCUCUGGACAGCCAGAUGGGCUACCUCCCAGCGCCGGGCAGCAUGGCCAACCUGCCCUUCUAGUCAUCCCCUUGGGGGCUGAAGCUGGGCAAUAUUGCAAAUAUGCUAACCUUAAAAAAGUUUCUUCCCUCCAGUGUUGGGAUGGCCUGGGUCCAGGGUUGGGGUGGAGGGGUGGGAAGGGGCUUGUGUGGGGAGUGGCAUUUGUGGAAACCAGAUGUGCUGGCAGCUUAGGGGGAAGUGGCAGAGUGGGGUGGGGGAUUUGGGGUUGGGGUUUGUUCAGUUUCUGCCUCCAGGACUGCCCCUCCCUUCCCUCCCGAUUCCUAUGGAACCUCUAUUUUCCCUCUUUCUCUGCACCACCCCCACUUUCAACUACGCUUUGGGUCCUUGGGGGAGAGGUGAAGGAGAGGAAGGGUCUCCCCUUUUUGUGCCGCUUUCUCAUUGCCCAAGCUCCACUUCUCUCCUCUUGGUUUCUCUGCUCCUCCCRGUUUUCCUUCUGUCUUUUCCUGCCUCAUUUCCUUUCCCUGCUGACGUGGCUGACCCCUUCUCCCAACCCCCUCUGCAGGCGGCUGGCCAGGUGGGCAGGUGCCAGCCGGAGCUGUAAAUAGAGCGCUGCGCUUUUGUGCUGGUUUGUGCGUGUGCUGUAUUUCUGUGUUUUGAUAGAAGUCACACAAAAAAAGAAACAAAGGAUAAAAGAAACCCUUUCCCCUUCUUCAGAUGAUUGCCCCCUCCAUUCCCCUGGACCCAGGGACAUGCAGUCCUACACACCCACCCCUCCGUUUGUAGUGUCUCUGGGUCCAUAAAGGAUACCAUUUCUGUCCCCUCUCCAAAUAAUAAGACAACAAGAUGCCCACACCUAAACUGAGGUCACACCACCGAGGCUUCCACCUGGUGAGUCCUAGCAGGGCUGAGACCCCAGGGUGGCAGCCUGUCCGCUGCUGAGUCAUUCAGGGAGAAACGUGUGCACGUGUUUUCCCACACCAGUGACAUGGCCCCGGCUUCCUGCUGUGGAGGUCUGGGUGCCCCUGCUGCUACAUCUUAGCCAGAACUUGAAGUCCUUUAUCCCCAGUCUGGGAUGAAGAAAAGGAAGAAGGGGCAGUAUCUGGUGGCCCCCUUGAGUGGAGCCACGGAUGAGGUGGUAUGAUGCCACUGGAACCCAUGGCUGCAGUAGCCCUGGGCUAGGUAACCCAGGGUGGGGGGGCCCUGACUCUUCCAGAGGCCGCCACCUACUUCUUACCAAAGAAGGAAGGAACAGGGUUUGGCUGAGUCAGUCUGCUCCCCUCCAGCCUCCACCCCCUGAGGAUGGAAUGGGGGAAGUAUUGGAGGGGGCUGGGGAGCAUCCUGCCGCCUUGACUCUGCCUGCCCACUUGUUGGCAAGGUUCCUCUGCCCAGGCGCAGCCACUGCCUCCCAACCCCCUCUGCUCUUUCCCAGAAGAGCUCCUUGCCCGCCACUGGUCAGAGCUGAAGCCAUACAUGACUGGGUGUUUAGCCCCCCUUGGUCCCAGGAGUAAAAAACUUCUCCUUUUCUCACUUCCUUUCCUGCCUUGUGAGGUGGCAGGGCAGUUCCCUGGCUGAGGCCAUUUAUGCCCUGCCUCCAGGGCCAAGGGUCAUUCUAGACAGGGUGACUUCUACCAGGUCCUGGUCCUUAGCCUUCCUGACCUGCAGGCCUGGCCUUGCCUUGGCAGCUGUAACACAAAGGGAAUUCACGCCCACUUCUCCCAGUCUGGUGCUGUCCUCUAGGUCCACCAUCAGCCAGGUCAAGCGCCGCUUCCUUCUCUGGGGCUGGCUGCAGGCUCCUGACUCCCUUAACACYUCCCAGGGGCCGUGGCCAGGCCCUCUGCAUUGGGUAGGGGGGCACCUGUCCUCCAUCUGCCCACCCUCCCUCCACCUGGGCCCUAUGCCCUGGAGCCCCCACCCCUGUCCCAAGACUGCCCAAAACUAUCCUCCUUUAAGUGUUUCCUGCUCUGAGGAGAGGGCUCGGACCACAAAGGGCCCAGGGCCUUCCAGGUCCCCCUCUUCUCUCACCUCCRCCACUAGCUUCCUAAGGUGAACUCCACAGGUCAGCCUUCUUCCCUCCAUCCAUGGCCAUACCCCCAGCCAUUUUGUACCAUUAUAUAAAUAUAUAUAUAUAAAUAUAAAUAUAUAAAUACAAUAUGUGAAGACAUCUUCUUGGUUUUUAUUUUGAAACAAUUUUUAGGCUUGUUCUGGGGGUCUCUGUGCUGCCUGUACUGUAUUGACCUGUUU